AUGGCACAGGCAAUCCGACCCUCAGUUCUCACAAAGAGCAUGCGCUGUUCAGUAACAGCUCGAUCCUUCACAUCCUCAACUCGGUCCACCCUAAACUCCAAAGGCCCUAACAAUGUGUGCGCAUUCAACUCUCGGAUGGAACCAACCCAAACUCCGAGAGGCACCCUGACAGCCCAGACCUUAUCCACUGGGAUUCCCUCAAUAAACCGUCACUUCUCCUCAACGAAGAGCGCUUCCAAACCGAAUACCGAGAACAAGGAGCCCGGUAUUGCAGGCGCGCCUGAUAUCACAAACCACUACACGAUCUUCCCUCGGACAAUUCCUGCCGGCCCACCACCAGCCUCAAGUUUCAAGAUCUCAACCGCUGAUCUUCGUCGAGAGUUUCUGCAACAUCAGAGCCUGGUUCAUCCCGAUAAAUACGCUGCUGGUGACUUAAAGCAGCACGCUGAGGGGUUAUCAGCACGGAUCAACGAAGCGUAUCGCACCCUGUUAGACCCUCUUCAACGGGCCCAAUAUCUUCUACGAGAGUGGCAUGACAUUGACGUUACUGCCGAAGAUGCUGCGACGAAUCAUGCUCUCGAUGCGGAUACCUUGAUGGAAGUUAUGGAGGUACAGGAAACGAUUGAAGAGGUCGGGGCUUCUCCGGAGGCAGAGGAAGAGAUUAACUCGCUGAUGAAGGAGAAUGGUGAGCGUAUCCAGGCGUGCGUUCAGCUUCUGGGAGAUGCGAUUGACAGCGGGGAGGUUGAGGCUGCGCGGAAGGAAUGCAUUCGGUUGCGGUUCUGGUACAGUGUUGGCGAGGGACUACGCGAAUGGCAGCCAGGAAAUACGGACAUUCGGCUUGCGCAUAGCAGUUGA